CAUCGGGCAGUGUACUACACCUUAACCGCAUCGUGUCAAGUUUGUAAAAAGGGGCGGGGCCGUUACAACGCAAACAAGAGCGACCCUGUGAACCAGAGGAUGCAGGAGCAGACAUCCGCUCCACACAACACACAUGAUGUUUUAGCAUCAGUACUCUAUCGACGAAGGUGAACUUGGUCGUUUUUGGCCACUUUUGGCGAUCGAUUGAAAGAUGGCGCCGUCGGGUUCGCGCAGCAUUGCGUGCUGGAGAGUUUUAUACUGGAUACCAGUGCUGUUCAUCUGUCUGAUCGUGGCAUGGUCUUACUACGCGUAUGUAGUGCAGCUCUGCAUAGAAACUAUAGAGAACAUGGGAGAGAAAAUAAUUUAUCUCCUGUUGUACCAUAUGCUUUUCAUCAUGUUUAUGUGGUCAUACUGGCAAACCAUCUUCACAAAACCUAUGAACCCACUUAAAGAGUUCCACCUGUCACAUCCUGACAAAGAACUAUUAGAGCAUGAAGAUCGCAGAGAAUCUCAGCAGGAGAUCUUGAGGAGACUCGCAAAGGAUUUGCCCAUUUAUACACGCACAACGUCUGGAGCUGUUCGCUACUGUGACCACUGCCUGCUGCUGAAGCCUGAUCGAUGUCAUCAUUGCUCAGCCUGUGAUAAGUGCAUUUUAAAGAUGGAUCACCAUUGCCCGUGGGUGAACAAUUGUGUGGGCUUCUCCAACUACAAGUUUUUCAUGCUCUUUUUGGCAUAUUCUCUGUUGUAUUGCCUGUUCGUCACUGCCACUGACUUGCAGUAUUUCAUUCAGUUUUGGACCAACGGCCUGCCUGACACCCAAGCCAAGUUCCACAUUAUGUUCCUGUUUUUUGCUGCCUCCACGUUCUCAGUGAGCCUGGCGUUUUUGUUUGCUUAUCAUUGCUGGCUUGUCUGCAAAAACCGAUCCACCUUGGAGGCUUUCCGAGCACCUGCAUUUCAACAUGGACCAGACAAGAAUGGCUUCAAUUUGGGAAUAAACAAAAACUUUCGCCAAGUGUUUGGAGAUGAAAAGAAAUACUGGCUGCUACCUGUUUUUUCAAGUCUGGGCGAUGGCUGUUCGUUCGCCAAGUGUCCGGUGAACCCAGAUCCAGAGCAACCCUCCUUGUUCCCAGUUCACAACCCUUCAGUCAAAGGUGCCACAGAACCUCAGCAGUUUCCUCCACAAAUUUUAAGAGAAUCUCAGAACCAACUGCUCAGUAAUGGACAGUCAGAGGACAGAGACAAGAUUGGUACAAGCAACCCAGCCUUGACUAUUGAGAAGGAAACUUAGGAACACGUGAAAUGCUGCAAAAGGAGUUUCUUGCUGGUGAUGUCUGGUGUAAGUGAAGCAGUGAUGAUCUUCACUGUAAGUGUAAGCUGCUAUGCACAGACCACUGCCCAUUAACUCUCAACCCGAUGAAGCAUAAGCUUUCACGAAAGCAAACCUGUGCAGGGCUAAGCUGUGUAUAUACAUGAAGGGUGCUGUGUCUUCCAUGCACACUGUAUGGUUGGGAUAUCUUACAUAACGUGCCUAAACAUACUGCAGCAGUGGCUGAAUAUUCGGUAAACAUUACCGUGGACUUUCAUGUUAAAAAUAUUUAAGUUUGUAUGGUAAAUGUUGCUUAAGUGAUGUAAUUGGUGCUAAAGAAGGUGAUACGUAAACAUUUAUGCAUGCUUUCUGACGGUAGCUGUUUGUAAUGUUUAACAUGUAAAGGCUCAAGUGGUAUAACACAGUAUUACACCACUUUUCAUCCUUGCGUUUUUGAAAGGCAGACAUAUUUGUUCAUUUACUAUAUUUUACAGAUACGUUUAUAUUUCAUGACAAGAAUAUGUUUUGCUUAUACAGUUUGAGGGUCUCAUUUAUAAGUCUGGAUCUAAGCCACCCAGAGUUUAGCAAAAAGGUCACACACAGGCUAUGUUAACACUGCAGGCUGAAACGACCCAAUUCCGAUUUUUUUGUCCCAUAUGCGACCUGUAUCUGAUCUUUUCAUGACAGUCUGAACGACACAGAUCCGAUCUUUUCAAGUGUGACCCAGGCCACUUGGGUAUGUGGUCCUGAAUCCGAUACGUAUCCGAUCUUUUGAAAUGCGACCUCUGUCUGAACGGCCAGGCCACAUGUAUCUGACCGGUACAUCAUUGAUACGCUACAAACGUCAUAAUUCUGCAUUGAAGUAGGUGGGAACGAGAAGAUAAACAACAACCAUGGCGGACAAUGCUGCUGAGACCAGUCAAUGGAAGGGAAGCGAGGUCAUAGAUUUAAUUAAUAGGCCAAAAACCUUGCUCUCCUCCUUCUUUUUAAUUUUCUUCUUAAAACGAGAAGAUUGUAAUUGUGCUGGCUCCGUUGGGAAAAUAACUUUAAAGCUCCGCUGUUGACUACACUGUUGUUGACAUCCAUGUUUAACGUUAGCUACUUCCGCAAACAACGAGUGACGUCGUUGACAGUUGAGUACUCUUCUGCGCAUGCGGGUCACUUCUGGGUCAUUUCACGUUCACACAGGAGAUCACAAAAGGUUGCAUUUAAUUGGAAAUGUGAACGGCCUUGCAAAAACAA